UUGCAUAUUUUUGAGAUGCGGGAGGAAACCGGAGUGCCCGGAGAAAACUGCUGGACAGGAGCGGGAGGCGGCCACGGAGCCGUUGCCGCUGCCUGAACAGGAGUGUGGGAUUUAGAGAGUGGCUCCUGAAAAACCGCAGGCCGCAGAACGCUGCAUUGUUGCACUUUCUGUGUUUGACUUAGCACAUGUGAACUGGGUGCUUGCCCAUGAAUGAGAGUCGACGGCUUCAGACAGAAUCCGACUGGCUCAGAGUCAGGGUUCCUAGAGGAGAACUGGCAGAAAUUAUGGGGCAUAAUAGAUUUUUCUUGGGAACAGCAUGGAGCAAGAAUGAUUUAAAUCCUCCCUCUCUUUGUUGGAGGAAAAUAGUUUGUCUCGUCUUUAUCUGAAUUCACUCCAUCCUCUGAACUUAAUCCCUCUGCAAAUUGUUUCUCAGUUUUGUCUUUUGGGAAAACACGCACUGGAGGUGUUCUGGCAGUCUUAUCUUCGAUCGCCAAUUCUGCCCUUUUACUUCGACGCGGAGCUCGGCCGGUUAUCUGAUUCCCAUCGAACCUGGGCCGUGAGGACCAGAAAUUCGUCAGUCUGCUGCUCUAUUUCCCCCCGCAUUUCGCAAUAGAAGACUUUGUGAGGUUUCGCCAUCAGCUCUGGGUCUGUUGGCUUGGUUGUUGCCGGUGAGGUGUGGAUGGACGAUGGUGGUGUCUUGGUCGCCGCACAGCAGGAGGCACAAGGGGGCACCCUGCUUGGACAUCUCCUCUGGCCGCCACACGGAGUACCCGGGUAGCUAGCCAAGCAGGUUCCCAAAAAAAUUGGAGAACGAGCACUUGUACCUACCGGGCGAAGGCACUCGGGAGCUGGAGGCGCGGGGCGGUGGCACAAACAGAUUGGGACUGAUCAGGAAAUUCACAGUCAAUAUCUGAAUCACAGUCAGGCAGCCGGUCAUAUAAAUUUAAGUUUUUCUCAAAGUCCGAAAAAUCCGAGUAUAAAAAAAUAUGAGGUGGUGAGCGGGUCGUGGUUGGGAUGUAAUCAUGACACAGGGGCUACAUGUGACAAGUAAGAAGAGGACAACAUCGUGGAGCCCACCCAGAUAGAAUAUGCUUGGUCCUCCAGCAGGCGGUUUGACUGGCGUUGUUCCCCGUAACGCCGAGUCUUUCCUGCUGGUCCUGUAAUGGCCAGAUCGUUUUGUCAUGACCCAUGCGUGCGGGGCAGGACGCAAAUGCAGGAGUCUGGAGGAGCAGAGGCAGUUCAGGAAAAGUGUUUAUUCGGUCCAAGGUUGGGAAUCAGCCAGGCACUCAACGGGAUCAGGGGUAACCAAAACGUUAGGCGUAAAAGGCAGGUCAGCGGGCAGGCAGGCAUCGGUACACGGGAGAUUGGGAACAGGAUUGCGAGAGUGCGGGAACGAGUCCCAAUGUUAACCAGCUGAGAGCAGUGACAGGUGUCACCGGCAAGGGCAGUGGCCACGACCCACUUGGCCGUGGUCCAGCAUGGCUCAUGACUGCAGCAACAUGAAAAGCAGUGGUUACCUGUUGCCUAUGGAUCCCAAGCCUCUACAAGCACCAUGCCCAGAUUUGAUGGUAUUACCCUUGCUCUCAAGAGCUGCUGCCAGACUAAGGACCUGACAAUGUCCUUUCCUGUCAAGAGAGACAGCCUUCAUGCUUCGAUCAGCCUCCUGGUGCAGUAGUGGUCAGAGGGAUCAUGUCAUCCAUGUAUGCUUGGAUAAGGGAAAGCGGAUCCUCUAGUCCAGGGGUGUCAAACAUACGGCCCGCGGGCCGGAUCCGGCCCAUCUGGUGGUUUGGUAUGGCCCAGGGAAGAAAGCUGCAUUGUAUAAAAAAAUAUGAAUUUUCUUUCAAAUUUGUAGUUCUUGUAUUAUCCGCUCGGGGGCGCAGUGUAUUAGUACGUGCAGACAACAUGAAAGCAACACUGCGGCGGAACUAGGACCACCUUGACCUGGUAAAAUUGAACGUCUGUACAGCGUCUAUUGGCGACAAUUGCAUUAUCUACUUUUCCGUUUGCCUCGCACCCUCAUCAGCAAAAUGUCUUUGUCAAAAAGGAGAAAAGUAGACACAGUGUCGGACUUUUCAAGAAAAAUGGACAUGUCCUUAUAUGUUCACGGAGGUGAAUGGGAAACCCGUGUGCCUGGUGUGCCAGCAGCAAGUUUCGGUGCUUAAAGAAUACAAUAUUCGGCGCCGUUACGAAACUCAGCAUGGUGAAAAAUACAACAGUUUGCAUGGAGAAUUGAGAAAACAGAAGGUAAAUGAAAUGAUGGCGCGUCUGAAGAAACAGCAAUCUGUUUUCACCCGGAGCCGAGAAGCCAGUGAUGCUGCGGUGAAAGCCAGCUACCUAAUUGCGAGCCAAAUAGCAAUGGCAUCAAAGCCGUACAGUGAUGGAGAGUUCAUCAAAAACUGCUUGCUGACGGCUGCUGAAAUUGUGUGUCCUGAGAAGCGACAUGCUUUCGCCAAUAUAAGCUUGACAAGAAAUACCGUGGCAGACAGGAUUUCGGAACUGUCUGCAGAUUUGGACCACCAACUAAAACGCAAAGUGGGGUCAUUUGUGGCAUUUUCUGUUGCGAUUGAUGAGAGUACUGAUAUCACGGACGUCGCUCAACUGGCCAUAUUCAUUCGUGGAGUUGACAAGACUUUGAAUGUCACAGAGGAGUUUCUUGAGCUGGUGCCAAUGAUCGACACCACAACAGCUGAGGACAUUUUCAGCUCGGUCGUCGGAGCGCUGGACAGAGUCUGAGCGGACUGGUCACGCGCCGUAAGCCUGGCUACUGAUGGUGCGCCGUCAAUGAUCGGUAAAAAGGCAGGUGUUGUGACAAAGUUCAGAGAUAAAGUACAAGCCGCAAAUGGGGGAGGUAAUUUUUGGACAUUUCUUUGCAUUUUGCAUCAGGAGGCAUUAUGCAGCAAAUCGCUAAGAAUGGAUCACGUCAUGGAGGUGGUUGUCCAAACUGUUAAUUUCAUCCGAGCCAGAGGUCUCAAUCAUCGUCAAUUUGACAGCUUUCUCAGUGACUGUAACAUUAUCCAUGGUGUGCCUUAUCACACGAACGUACGAUGGUUAAGCAGAGGUGCUGUGCUAAAGCGCUUCUUUGAUUUACGUGAUGAAAUCGGACAAUUCAUGGAGAAAAAAGGUAAACCUGUUAAGGAAUUACAGUGCCAUCUGUGGCUGCAGGACCUUGCGUUUAUGGUUGACAUCACUGAGCACUUGAAUAUUCUUGACAAAAUGUUGCAGGGACGCAAAAAAAUCGUAACACAGUAUUAUGACAGCAUACGUGCAUUCAAGUUAAAGCUCGGGUUAUGGGAGACGCAGGUGGCAAGCGGUGACCCUGCUCAUUUUCCCUGUUUAAAAGAUAUGUGCGCAGCAAGUGUUAAUUCUGACGUGAAACGGUACAAAGAGAAGAUUUCAGGGCUGUUGAUGGAGUUUGAGAAAAGAUUUCAGGUUUUUAGCGAACUCGAAACAGAUUUUGCAGUUUUUCGCUCACCAUUCACAGUCAAAGCUUCUGAUUUGCCCAUUGCCAUGGAACUUGAAAUCAUUGAUUUGCAGUGUGAUGUAGAACUGAAGGACAGAUUUGCCUCUGUAAGCUUGGACACAUUUUAUAAGUACCUCCUACCAGGCUAUCCUGCAUUGACAGCACUAGCUGCUAAAACAUUGUCCACGUUUGGGACAACCUACCUUUGUGAGCAAGUUUUCUCACUAAUGAACAUUAAUAAAACGAAGCUGCGCUCAAAGCUCACACAUAAGCAUUUGAAUGAGAUUCUGAAAUUGGCUGCUUCUCAGGACAUGAUGCCUCAUAUUGAUGCACUUGUGCAGGAUAAACGAUGUCAAGUUUCAAGGGCAAAUUCCAAGCAAGACGAAUAAUUGCUGUGAAAGUUAUUCAUUUGUUCAAAUUGCUUUCCAGAUGUUGAAAAACAGUGUUUUUAAGUUCCACAAGGCUGGUACUAAAUGUUUUUGGAACAUUGUUACUAUUUCUGUGAUCAGUUUUAUGUACAACACACUUAAAUAUAUGUUUAACUGUGUAAAAGUGUUGUUAAAAUUGCACAUACUUUAUUUAUGUUCUUAUGUUAUUCUCUUGUUCAUAAUAUAUUGUUCAUAAUGUAAAAGGAAAAUUCUGUUAAUAAACAUUUUGAUAAUUUACUCAUUCUUUGCACUAAUUAUUAGUAUUAGUGACUAAUACAAAGGAAAAAAAGUGGGCUUAUUGUUAGUUCUAUGUAAUUUUGCAAUGAGUUUACUGGUCCGGCCUGCUUGAUCUCAAAUUAAGCUUUAUCCGGC